ACUCUGGCUGUGUGUCCAACUCUAACAGCAGUGUGACCUGGCUGCAGAAGAACCUGGGACGGUUUUCAGUCCUGGUGUCCCUCAGUGACCUGUUGAAACUCAACACAGACUUCUCUCCUUUGUCAGCCCUGGAGGUUCUCUCUCCAAAGCAGACAGCAGAGCUGGUGGUGUUGCCUCUUCCUGGUCUUCCAGUGAAAGAUGUCAUCGUCAACACAGUGUUUGACUACCUGACUGAGUCACCAAAGGAGAGGAGACUCCCUGAGUUCCUGCAACAACUUGUCAGCCUGACCAAACAGGAAAAUAUCCCUUGUGCCUCCUACAAGAUCAUUUUCACCAGACUGGAUCAGGCCGUACCCACUGUUACCAUGGAGAUAGAGUCCGCCCUCACCUCCAGCAAGACGGCUUUACUACAGACCGUCCCAUCAGGUUGCAUUGUAUACAGUGGAGAGUGCAAUGUCACCCCAGUUAAUGAGACAAAAGUUUGUGCUGGUGUCAACAGCACUGCUCUACAGGGUCGCCUUGACAACGGGCAGAUCAGCGGAGUCCUCUGUGAUUUCGGCGUCGAUGUUUACGCUUGUGGCUCGCUGUCUAUGUUGACAUCGGAAAACUUGGUGAGCCUGUUGAAGUGUAAGCUGUCUGGUAACACCAGCCACUCAGCACAGAUCUGGAAACUGUUCUUCUCUAAGGUCUCGGUGGUCUUGAACUCAGCCCUGGAUCUCUUUUUCAACACCGUGAGAUAA